UCUUUAUUUCGUGUUUUAUUUGAUAUCGUCACUAAUGUUUGAACAUCAACAUAAAAUAAAAAGGUUUUGCUAUAUUAAUGUAGUACUUAAAAUUAAUUUUUUCAUUUAAAUCUUUUGUCGAAUGAAAAUAUAUAAGAAUUAGUUCGAGAGUAUUAAUCCAUUACAAGCGUUCACAGUGUCGCAUUAAGGAAAAAGGGUGCGCAUCACAAAUUGUAAACUUCGAUGAUUUAUGAUUAAUAUUAUUUUAAAUAAAUAACGUUCAUUUUCAGAAGUUUAAGCGUCUAUUUAGAAAGCCUUCAGGGUAAACAAAAAUGGAGCCGGAGGGCUCCGCGGGACAGGUUUGCAGACUCUGUGGUCAAUGUGUAAGGAUGUACAUUGAUAUUUUUGGUGAAGAAGGUGUUAGACGUUUUUUAGGUGUCAAAAUUCAUUCAAAAAUCAAUAUUUUGAUAAAUGAAAAGGAUCUCUUACCCAAAAUAAUCUGUGUUCAGUGUUUGGGUAAAUUAGAAUUUGUUUGUGAUUUUCAAGAAGAGUGUUUACGUACCCAGCAAUUGUUACAUGAUCAAUAUAAUGUACAACCUUUAUCAAAUAUCGAGGAAAAUAAAAGCAAGGAUCCAUUACCAAGUACAUCUAGAAUCGAAAAAGUUAUUGAAAAUAAAGAAAACGAUGUUGAUGUCAAUAUAAAUGAUACUUUAAUUAACAGUAAUGUUAAUAUCAGUUAUAACAACAAUAACAUUAGUGAUAAAAAUUUAAAUCCUCUUGAAGAAACUAAUAAAGCUAAAGCAUCUGUAAAAUCUGUUAGAACUCAAAGAAAUCUUCGUAGACAGUUAUAUCAAACAAAGUUAGCUUCUAAACAUAAUUCUCAAAGAAUCGUAAAUGAUGAAAUUGAAUUAGCCAGUUCACAACAACCAAACAUAGUGUCCACUCGCAAGCUUAGAAGCAGACAAAAUACAGAUACAUUAGCAACAGAAUCAAAUACUAAAAGCAUUAAAAGUGCCUUCCCAGAAAAAAAAAGACUGAGAAAUCAUAAUAUUGUUAUUGAUAGUAGUUCAUAUUCUAGAAUUAAUUCAAUCAUCAGUCAGGAUCCUAAAAAUAAAAAUCAACAUCUGGAUAAUAGUAAUAAGAUUCAAAUACCUACUAUUACUUUAAAUAAAGUAUUAUCUGUUAUUACAAACACACCAGGAGUUGAUGUUUCAGUCAAAGAGCCUUUGAACCGCUCAGGUGAUACUGAAGAUAUAAGUUUUACCGUCGAAUUAUCUAAAAAGCAAGAAGCAGAUUCUUUAACAGUUGUAGCUAAAGUUUUUCCUGAUCAAGGGUCUUGUUUAGUAGAUAAAUCUAUUAUUACAUUCCUUGAAGAUAGAAAUAAUGAAGAGGUAAAUAAUCUUGUUAAAAAUAUUAUCAGUUCAAAUAUUUCAAAAGAUAAGCAUAAUAGUUUGAUUGAUAAAUUGCAAAAUGUUGAAGAUUUUUGUAAUAAUUCACGAAAUCCAGAAGAAUUAUUUAAAAUGGAUGGUGAAGAAAUUCAUGUUGAUGAAAAUGUUGAACAAAUUAAUAUUAACAAUCAAAUAAACUAUGCUUGUAAAUUGUGUAGGAAAAUUUAUGAGCGGAAAGAUAAAUGUACUGUUCAUGUUAAAACACACCUUGGUAUCAAGCAGUAUGUUUGUAUUUUAUGCCAAGCCAAAUUUGUUUGUAAAUCUGAUGUUAUGAAGCACAUACGUUGCUCACAUACUAAUCCCCGUCCUAUUUCGUGCUCUAAGUGUCCAAAAAGAUUCAGAUCUAAAUUUGAUUUAACAGAGCACAUGAAUGUCCAUAAAGGUAUCAAGCCUUAUCAGUGUGCUGAUUGUGAACAAAGUUACCAUCACAAAGUUUCUUUACAGAUGCAUGUAAAAUCACAUAUGCCACCACAAAAUUUAGCUUGUGAAUAUUGUGGGAAAGUUUUUCCUUAUCGCACAAGGCUUCUGAGUCAUAUUGGUAGUGUUCAUAUGAAAGAUAGGCGAAACUUUAGAUGUCGUUUUUGCUAUAAUUUAUAUUCAAGUUUAUCAGUUCUCAAUGAACAUAUAAAAACACGUCAUACAACAACAUACAUUUGUGAAACUUGUCAAAAGACUUUUAAAGUGGCUUCGAAAUAUAAGGCUCAUAUUUUACAACACAGUAACCCAAAACCAUUUGCAUGUAGUAUUUGUAAAAAUAAGUAUGCAUCAAAAGCAUUUUUAAAUGAACAUCUAUUAAAACAUCAAGGAGUACGUAAGCAUAUUUGUCAGAAAUGUGGUGCUGCAUUUGCUCAAGCCAGUCACUUAGCUGCUCAUCGUCAUGUUCAUGAAGAAAAAAGCCAUGCUUGUCCAGAAUGUGGUAAAUUGUUUAAUCGUCGAGAUAAUAUGAAAGUGCAUAGGAAAAGACAUCUAUCUGGAGAAAAACAAACAAAAGACAGACAAAAUGGAUGUUCUGAUGAUGAAAACAGUAUUGAAAUGAAUGAAGUAUAGAAAUACCCAUGACAGCGAUCUGCAUAAAAAAACCAAGUUUUUUUAACAACAUUUAUUAAUUUAACAUUAUCACAAUGAUGGUUAAAAAAAUAGUUUUCACUUAGUAGCACAUAGUUUUCAAAUAUUUUUUCUUUAUAUUUAAUAUUAUACAAUAAUACCUUUUCAUUUAUUUUCUUAUAUCAAAUACAAAUCCAUGUACAUUAAAAGAUGAAAGCAAAUUUGUAUUCUUCUAAAGUUUUCAAGUAUUUUUCUACAAUUCAUAUCAUCUUUGAAGUGUGAUAUUGUUUUUAAAGAUUUUGUAAAACUUAUGAUAGAUAAUAUGUUAGUGCUUCCAAGAAUUACUCCAUUUGGUAUUAUUCGUUCAUACAAUUUUUAUAAGAAAUUCUGCGACAUGGAUUAUUAUAAAUUAUUAGAUAAGUUAUUGCUUUCAGUGUGUUUCUCAGUGUACAAAAUAAAGUAAAACUGUAAAAGUGUAAUAAUUUGAAGUAUAGGAAUUCUGACUAAACUAUUGUUAGAAAUAAUCACAGCUUUUUGAUACCUAUAUACCCAUAAUAAAUUUUGUAAAAUGAAGUCAAUAAAUUUAAAGUGCCUUUAAUAAAUUGUAUGAAUAAUAUUAUUGCUAUAGCUGCUAUCAAUACAUAUAUAGUUUAGUUAUAGAUGUCAGAGAAAACAAAAUUGAAUAAGUUAUAGUAGGAUACCUAAAUGUGAAAAAGUUUAUUUCUGUAAUUUAGUACAGAAUUUGAAAUAAGAAUAACAAUAGAAGUGUUAAACGUUUACAUUAAACAGUUUUUAUCAUAAUACAACUAUCUACUUUUUUGUUUUCAAUAAUGUAAAAAAUAUGUGAAAAUUUUGAGGAAAAAUAUGAGUUUCAUUAUAAUGUAUUCUAUCAUUGUUUAGAUUUUCGAAAGGUUUUCUAUU